UAAACCCCGCAGCCGCUCUGCUCAUCAACCCAUUUUAGCAAUAUUGUGCUCCUUUCUCUGCGAUCGCUCUUCUGCCGUCGCAACCAUGUCUUCUCUGCAUCGCCUUCUCUACAGAACCUUUUCUUCUCUCUCUACAAAAACCCAAUCGAACCCUGACCCCAUCAAAUCUCUAUCCACCGACCUCUACAAAGAACACAAUCUCAAGAAACUCGUCCAGAAAUUCAAGAAAUUCUCCGAGUUCGAUCGCUUCCGUACCAAGACUGGCAUCUAUGAGUCCACCGUCCACCGCCUCGCCUCCGCCAAGCGUUUCCGCUGGAUCGAAGAAAUCCUCGAGGACCAAAAGAAGUACCGCGACAUUUCCAGGGAAGGCUUCGCUGUGCGGCUGAUUUCUCUAUACGGGAAAUCGGGCAUGUUCGAUCAGGCCUCUAAGGUGUUCGACGAAAUGCCCGAGCACAAAUGCGACCAAACGGUCAAAUCCUUCAAUGCCCUUCUCGGGGCGUGCGUGAAUUCGAGGAAAUUCGACAAAGUUGAUGGGUAUUUCCGCGAGUUGCCGGAGAAAUUGGCCGUUAAGCCGGACGCGGUCUCGUAUAAUACGGUGAUCAAGGCAUAUUGCGAGAUGGGCUCGCUGGAUAUGGCUGUUUCUAUGGUCGAUGAGAUGGAGAAGAAGGGUUUGGAGCCGGAUUUGAUUACUUUCAACACGCUGCUCGGUGCAUUCUACAGAAAUGGCCGGUUUCCGGAGGGUGAGAAGAUUUGGGCUCGGAUGGAGAAGAAUGUAGUUCCUGACAUUAGGAGUUACAACGCAAAGCUGGUUGGAUUGGUUUCUGAGAAGAAGAUGUCAGAAGCAGUUGGCUUAGUUGAAGAACUGGGAGCCAGGGGGUUGAAAGCUGAUGUCUUUAGCUACAGUGCUUUGAUUAGGGGCUAUUGCAAGGAUGGUAAUCUGGAGGAGGUUAAGAGAUGGUUUGAAGUAUUGGCAAAAGGCGAUUGUCACCCAGAUAGAGCAACUUUUGGGGCGGUGAUUCAAUUUGCCUGUGAGAAGGAUGAUCUUGAAUGGGCUUUUGAACUGUGCAAGGACAUCUUUGAUCGGAGAUGCCUGGUUGAUGGGGCGGUCCUGCAGCUUGUGGUGGAUGGGUUGGUGAAGGAAUCCAAGAUUGAAGAUGCGAAGAAGCUUGUGCAGCUGGGAAAGUCAAACAAUUACUCUCGGUAUAAACUGAAAUUGUCAUCGGAGAAGUAGUGUUCUUCUCUAUGCUAUAUUUCUUGUUUGGUCUUUUGUAUGGUAUGCCCUUCCUGGCAACUGAAAUGCCCUUCUUUGGCUGUGAUUGACUUUUUAAGAGGCGAGGGAUUCUGCAGA